AUGAAUGAAGUUUUAUUCUCUGGUGCGCUAAACAUCUUCAAGGAUGGGAGCACAGCAGAGUACACAUGCGAGCUAUCCAAAAAACCAAAUGCAUUUGAACUAAAGCUGUACAACCAGGCCUCAUUUACCAUCCUGCUGUCUAGGAUAAACGAAACAGAGUACUACAGCAUAAAAGAAACACAGAGCAUUCGGGUGGACUUCUUCAGAUUUAUGACAACGCUUGCCGAACUGUUGAAGAGAGUGCAGAGGAAAGAGCUUUUUAUUGAGGUGGGGAGCACACUGAAAAUCGUAGAGAGAAACGCAUUUAGAAAUAUUCUGCACCUAGAGCUUCCUUUGAAAGAUCUUUCCGAAGCAGAGUACAAAAUGUAUAUCUCAGACAUUCUCAGCAGGCUCAACAGACACACAGCAGCACUUGAAAGAGAGAACAGCAUUUUAAAGGAAGAGCUUAGCUCUGCCAGACACACAGCGGAAGAGCUUAGAAAGAAGCACGAAGAAGAAAUGGAUGAUUUCGAAAGCCACAAGAAACAGAAGCUCAGACAGGAGGAUGAGCUUAGCGCGAGAAUAUCAGAACUAACAAGCUUGAACGAAAAACACACAAUGGACGUUGAGAGGCUGAAAAAGCAGAAUAGAAUAAUAGAAGAAGAUCUUCGAAAAGCCAACGAUAUUAUAAAAAGAAACUUUGAAGACUUGAAAAACAAAAUAAAAACAGAAAACAUCUUAAAGCAGGAAACAAACAACUACAAACACGACAAAGAAGAGCUUGAAACAAUAAAUAACCGGCUGGAAAUGGACUUGAUGGAGAAAAACGAAGAAAUAAAGAUCCUAAAAGAGCUUGAGACAGAAAGAAUAGAGGCUAUAAACAACCUCAAAGUGCUUAAUAAGUCGCUGAAUAGAAAACUGGAGAGCACGUACAGGAUAUACAAUAGAAUAUACAAACCGCAGGAGGAAAACGAAGAAGACUCUAGAACAGAGGAGACAACUAGCUCGCUAAUAGCGCCAGAGAGCAUCCAUUAUUGA